UUGUACUCAAAAGAUGGCGGUUAGAAAGAAAGACGGUGGACCAGAUUGGAAACUUUACGAGUCUACUUCUGUUUGUGAACAGUUUGAACAAGUUAAGCAGUACUUGUUGAAAAACUGUAAAAAGUAUGUCCAAGCUGAACCUCCAACAAAUAAAGGUCUAGCUUAUCUCACUGGCCAAUUGCUACAGUUUCAAGAGGAUAACUUUGGGAUUAAUGGGAACAAGCGGCUACUUUGCAAGCUACCUGUCAAGCUAUUUCUGGAUUACAGUUUUGGUGGUUCAUUAUGCCACAUUCUUGCAACCGUUUUUAAGACCAAAACAGAGCAAGGAUGGAGAAGAUUUGAUUUUCAAUCACCAUCAAGACUGGACAGAAAUGUUGAACUUUUCUUGAAUAUUGAGAAAUCAUUGAAAGAGGGCAAAUUUUUAUCUGUUCCAAAUGUUUAUCUUAUGCCUGAUAUUGAGCCUAAAGUGAUGACAAAACUUAAAGAUGUAUUGAAAAAACAUAAUGGAUCAAUUGCUGAAGACAAAGAAUCAGCAACCCAUAUUGUUCAUCCUUUACCACCUCCAUCUCAAGAUGAUGACUGGUUACGUCCAAUUGAGAAGAGAGAUGGAAAGGUGUUAGUUCAUUGGUGGUAUUUCCCAGACAGUUAUGAUACUUGGGUGUCAAAUGAGGAAGUUACUGAUGAACCUGAACCUCAACCACAACAUCAAGGACAGUGGGAGGUAAAUGGCAGGUGGUUAAGUGAUCUUGAUAUUUAUAACGAAUGGAUGAACGAAGAGGAUUAUGAAAUCACGGACGCAUCUUUAACGGUUGAUGGAAAAGUCAAGGAUGGCGCACCUUCUGAAGUGCGCAAAAGACGAAAAAGUCUCCGAAGCGGAGGCAAGCAGGACGAUGAGGGACCGUCAAGCCCCGAAGGAGAUAGGAAAAAACGUAAAAGAUCACCAUCUCCAGAAAAGAAAAAGAAACUAAACACCAAGAAAAGCAAUGUUCCAGAAAAGGUGAAAAACAAACCUGAGAUUCGAGAGAAACAAGAAGAAAUUGAGAAAGAAGAAGAUAGUACUCAAGAUUUGCCAGAUCCUUCGCCUGUGCCUGUCAUCGAGGAGAUAAAUUUGCCAACCUCAGAAGCGGCAAAAAGCAAAGAUCCGGACUCUGGGCCAAUCAAAGGCGGAGUUAUGAUGGAUAUUUCAGCCCCUCCCAAGACUCAAGAAGAAGAGGACAAUGAGACAAACGCUUCUGAAGACGUGAGCUCUGUCCCAGGCUCCCCAGGAUCAUCUCAAGAUCCCAAAGAUGGCGGGAAAUCUGCAGAGAUGUUUGACGAUCCGACCACAUAUGACGAGAAUUUGACUGAACAAAGUCACCAUGUCAUAGUGCCCAGUUACUCAUCGUGGUUUGAUUACAAUAGUAUUCACGCAAUUGAAAGAAGAGCUCUUCCGGAGUUUUUUAAUGGAAAAAACAAAUCAAAAACACCAGAAAUAUAUGUGGCGUACAGAAAUUUUAUGAUUGAUUCAUAUCGAUUAAACCCAACGGAAUAUCUCACCGCGACAGCAUGUCGAAGAAACUUGGCUGGCGACGUGUGUUCCAUAUUGCGUGUUCACGCUUUCCUUGAGCAGUGGGGGAUGAUAAACUAUCAAGUAGAUGCGGAUAGUCGCCCUACUCCCAUGGGCCCACCCUCAACUUCCCAUUUUCACAUCUUGGCCGAUACUCCUGCUGGGGUCCAACCUUUGCAACCUCCGCGGUCUCAAAAUCCUCCCAGUGACAGAAUGUUUCAGUUCAAAGAGGAAAGUUCAGUCAAACAACCUGUCAAAACAGAACUGAAUAACUUUGGUCUGAGAACUGAUCAAUACCUCUCCAAGAAAAGUCAAAAGGCCGCCACAGCGACAAAAGAAUGGACCGAUCAAGAGACCUUACGCUUAUUAGAGGGUCUGGAGAUGUACAAAGAUGACUGGAAUAAAGUUGCUGAACACGUCAGUUCACGAACACAAGAUGAAUGUAUUCUUCAUUUUCUACGGUUGCCGAUAGAAGAUCCAUAUUUAGAAGACUCCACGGGAUCGCUAGGUCCAUUGGCCUGUCAACCUGUGCCAUUCAGUCAACAAGGAAACCCAGUGAUGUCGACCGUGGCUUUCCUUGCGUCAGUUGUUGAUCCCAGAGUUGCGAGUGCAGCUGCCAAAGCUGCUCUUGAUGAAUUUGGUAAAAUGAAAGAGGAAAUCCCUAUGGCGGUGCUUGAAGCACGGGUUAAGAAAGCGACUGAAGAAAUGGACACAGAAUCGAAAGUGGAAGGAAAAGAAGCUGAACCAAUGCAACUUGAUAAUGGCGUGGAUGGUCAGCCCUCAGGUGCAGAUCAGGAGAACACGUCGGAAUCGAAAACGAAACCGAAUUCUGCUUCUGAUAGUCAAGAAAUCAACAAAGAAAACAUGGCGACGGCAGCUGCUUCUGCUUUAGCUGCUGCUGCUGUUAAAUCAAAGCAUUUAGCCCAGGUUGAAGAACGUAAGAUCAAAUCAUUGGUUGCUUUACUUGUUGAAACUCAGAUGAAAAAAUUGGAAAUCAAGCUUCGACAUUUUGAAGAACUUGAAACAAUAAUGGACAGGGAAAGAGAAGCAUUGGAAUAUCAACGUCAACAGCUUCUAGUGGAAAAGCAACAGUUUCAUCAAGAACAACUAAAACUAGCUGAAAUGAGAGCACGUGCUAGUCAUGUGAGUACUACAUCGCCUGCAGGUUCAGAUCCAGUUUCAACUCAACCCCAGGCUCUGCAAGUAUCCACAGCUAGCAACUCUCCUCAAGCUAUACAGCCGAUGUCAAAUCAACCCGCAAGAGUUCCUACACCAGUUGAAAGCACAAGUCAUACACCUGGUUCCAAUCCACCAUCUGUUGGUCCUUCACCUUCAUCUGUUGGUUCUCAAGAGAGAACCACACCCAACACGGCCUUGGUAUCGUCACCAUCAGCUGUUACACAGCAAGGGAAGCAGCCUGGAGAACAGCAAGUUGAAUCAUCAAUACAACCAUCUGCAAGCCAUCAGCAGUUGCAACCACCACCUCGACAACAACAAACACCACCACCACCAACAUCGCAGCAACCUUCGCAGGCUAUCCAAGGGCAACAGCCACAACCUCAACAACCCAUCCAGCAGCAGCAGGCACAGCAGCCCAUCCAACAGCAGCAAUCACAACAGCCUAUACAGCAACAACCUAUACAGCAACAACCUAUACAGCAACAACCUAUACAGCAACAGCCUCCGCAAGCUCCACAGCAAGCAAUGCAACAGCUUCAACAAUUGCCACCACAACUACAGCAAAUGCAAAUGCAGCAGCAACAACAACAUAUGCUGCAAAAGUAUCAGCAGAUGCAGCAACGUCAGUCUAUAUUUCACCAACAACCAAUCUUACCAAAACAACAACAACAACAACCUUCCAACCAACUUCAGUCAAAACUUUCCAAUCAAACUCAAAUGGCUGCACAACGCAUGCAAACCUCCCGAGGUCAGACCUCCCUCGGUAGGAGCAGUUCUCCGGGUACCAAUGUCCGUAUGGCUACCUCACCACGUGACCAAUCACCUGGAAUAGCAACAUCACAUCCGGGCUCAUUACCAACCUCGACACCAUCUUCACUGCCUAUGUAUAUGUCGUCACCAAACUAUCCUGGCGGUGUGGUCAGCAGCAAUGUCAACAGACCACUGAUGCCUUCACCUGGUAUGUAUUCAACAUCAGGUUUACCACCCGGACAAGUGCCAUCAUCAACUGGCUAUCUAAUGAAUCAGCCAUCGUUACCACCUGGAAUGUCUGGAAUGCAAUAUACUGGUCAACGUUCUGGUAUGCCACCCAUUAGUUCCAUGUCCAAUCGUCCUCCUAUCCCCAAUUAUCCUCAGUCAUUUGCAGGUCCACCCGGCCAACCACCAGCAUUAUUGCUGAUUCAAUAUCAGGAUUCAUGGCAUCCCCUGGCAGCCAACAUCCACCCUCGAGUAACUGACAUUUUGUUAAAAAGUAAUUCUCAGUGCUCAAGAUCUUGUUAA